AAAUGUGUAGUAUUUUGUUGUCUGCAGUGUAUAUAUAGCGUCAUCGAAGACUGUUAUCAAUAACAAACUUAAAGGCAGUCAUUCCGAUCAUUUUCAAUACAAGAAUAAUAAAAUUACCGAAUUAAUUAUGAAUAAUGAAAAUAAGACAGAAACCGACACAACUUUGGCUAGACUGACGUCAACUACACAGGUAUUGACCAUUGGAGAUCCGAAGGAACGCAACAAGCCUAAGCAUGUUGACACCGAGAAGAAUUUCGGUGUGGACUGCACAAAUUAUUUAAGUUUAGUUUUAAUGGGAAAUCCAACGCCCGUGGACGAUGUCAGCGGGUCGUGUCCAAUUGAAUGGUUUGGAAUGGUAACAUUCGCCAACAAGAAUGAGCCCACUCGCUAUCAAUUCUACUGUUACGCCGCGCAGAAAACAAAGCCCAAUCACAGCAAUAUCAAUUACUUCUACCAGACAAUUAAUGCAAAUGCCAUUUUGCGCGAUGUGAGGCUGUUUCUGAAGGAGGAGACGUGGAAAAACAAGAAUGCUAUACUGGGGCCACUCAAGGGAAAAGUAUAUCCUCACGCCUAUAGGCCUGAGGAAUAUUAUAUUUUAGGAGCUGUUAGUAAGGCCUUGAAAAUUCAAAAUGCAAAGGUAUACCCGUACAUGAUGUUCUUGCACAGAGAACAUGUACAAAAUGAGCAGAACCGUCAGUAAUUAAUAGCUUUAGAUGUAACACAAACCUGCUGAAAUAUAACUGUAAACUGUAAAUAUAAAUAUGAAU